UACAUUUUGUGUACGUGCUUAGUUGUACUGCUAAGACUAGCAAGCCAAGCAAAAUUAUGAUAGAGAUCUGAAUUAAAUAAUAUUUAUUUAAAACAUUAUUUCCUUUUUUUUUUCAUCUUUAAUGAGCUUAAUUUUGGAUAAAAAUUGUAGAUAUAUCGUCAAACUACAAUAUGCCACGGAACCAACUUACGCAUAUUUUCAUUUUGAUGAAAUUAAUAAUUUUCGUUUUAUUUGUUCAUUGGGCUGACGGCGAUGCAUAUUCUGCUAAUACAGGGUACGGUCAAACCGACGACGUAAUCGUUGUACCAACCGAUCAUAACCAAGAAAGUGAACAGAUAGAUCAAGGCAUCACUGCAAAUAAGAACGAAGUUUUUAAGCUUUUGACAGAAAUAAAUGCCACAUUUGAUCAGUUAUAUCAAGAUGGCGUUAAAGCUUAUAAUGACCAUUUGUGGUAUUCUUGUGCAAGUAAAAUGGAAAGAGCCAUAAAAGACUACAAUAAUUUCAAGAGAGUUUUAUCAGAUUGCAGAUUAGAUUGUAGUAAGGGUAUCAGAUCAUCAAAGCUGACUAAUAUAACUUCAAAAUUUGUUGACUUUUCUGUCUAUGCAAGUUUUUUAAAAGCAUCAGAUUGUUUUAGAAGAUGUACAGAUGAGUCACUUACUACACACCCUAAAGUGACAGAAAAGCUUGAAAGCUUAUUCGAAAAAAGAAAACCAUACAUGUAUUUACAAUUUUGUCUAUAUAAGCUGGACAGAUUUACUCAGGCAGCUUCUGCAGCCUAUACUUUUCUUCUGGCUAAUCCUGAUGAUGAAGAUACAAAACAUAAUAUCAUCUACUACAGGGACCAAGUCAAGGUUGCAGAACAAGAUUUUAUUGAUUUGGAGAUGAAGCCUUACAAAGAAAAUUAUAUUCGAGCUUUAAUGGCGUAUAAAGCAGAGCAGUGGCAGGCUACAAUUGAUCUAAUUGAAUCAGCUUUAGAAGAGUACUGGAAGGAGAAUGAACGUUGUCAAGUUGAAUGUGAAGCACAGAGUAAAUGGCAGGGAACUGAAUUCAAAACUGAAGUAGCAGAUUGGAUAAUCAACAUUUUAAACUGCCAACUUAGGUGUGAGGAGAAGCUAAGCAUUGUUUUUUCUGAUCCUAUUCCAUUCUUCCUUCGUGAUAUGUAUCAUUACCUACAAUUUGGCUACUAUAAAGUAAAAAAUCUGGAAAAAUCAGUUGCUGCAACAGCUACCUUCUUGCUAUUUAACUCUACACACAAGGUGAUGUUGGAGAAUAAAAAGAUGCUGAAAGAAAAGUUAGGAUACACUGACAAGGAUUUUGUUCCUAGAGAGGAUGCUGCAGAAUAUUUGGCUAGGAGGAAAGAAAUGCAGGAAAUAAUGGAUAAUAUCAACAAAAAUUAUAUGUGGCCAGAUAAAAGUAUGGUCAAGGAAGAGCCUGAAGCCACUCCCAAAGCUGAGCAAGUUUCAGAUGCUAGUGACAACUGGUUGGCAUGGUAUGAGCAGAUAGGGGUGCAUUUGGUAGCAACAUUAACUGACUUGAACAGACAAGAAAGAGUUGUGGUGGAUGGAAUUAUUAAAGCAGAGCAAUGUGAACAGCUUCUUUCCUUCGUUAAAGAUAUGAAAGAACAGACUUCAGGACCCCAAACAUUUGAUUUUAAAAGAGCUCAGAAGUUAUUGAAAGAUGAUCCAAACGAAGAAUUAGAAUCAACUCUUCGACUUAUGAUUAGAUCUUCUGAGUCCAUACAAGAGUACUUACAUAGAUAUCUAGGCUCAUAUAAUCCUUUUUAUUUUAAUAACAUUUCCAUUGUAUGCUGGCAAAAACCCAAGGAUCCUGGACUUGUUAAAAACUGCUACCCACAGGAAGAUGGUUCAUGUAUUCAGUUUGACUCUAUGCCAGAUAAACUUUCUUCAGAUUCCUAUACGACUAUCACCUAUCUUAAUGCUGUUGAAGAUGGAGAUUUUCAGUUUUUGAAUGAAAAACAGAGAGUUGAUAAUUCUUUUGGUGUUAAAUGUGGUAGAACAAUAGGUUUUAACUCCAAUGAUCGACACACUUUGAAGAUACCGGAUUCAGAUGUUCAGAGAUGUGCACUAAUCACAAGGUUCAAACCCCAACCUCCGCAUGGUGCAGAUGUUAAGGGUACUGUAAAUUUGUUGAGAAAUAUUGAUGAGCUGAGAUACAUCAAAACAAACAUAAGUGCUAAGGAAGUGUUGACAAAAUUUUAUGAGCAAGGUGUAAAGGUUGCUAUGAAUGGUACUGAUUUGAAAGGAAAAGAAAGAGUUGUGGUGGAUGAAAUGGCCACAGAAGAGCAGUGCAGUACUUUGAGAAAUGUUGCCCUGGAACUUGGUAAAGCUGGUGAUGGUUACCAUGGCAAAAAGUCACCUCAUACUGUUAAUGAACUUUUCACAGGUCUUGAACUUAGCAGGUUGUCGAAGAGUAUUUCACUACUUGGUGAUGGGUACCUGCACCUGGCCUCCAAACCCUCCUUCAUCUCCCCUCACACAGAACAUGAGUUGUACCAAGGAAUAACUGUUUAUAGAGCAGCUAAGCUAACUAAUGACGGCAUUAUAUCAAGCUAUGGUCUCCGUACAUUUCUUGAACUGAGUGAAAAGUCUAGGCUGUUUGUAGAAAAAUAUUUCAACCUUACCAAGCCACUGUUUUUUGAUUACACUCAUUUAGUUUGUAGAACUGCCAUUAAAGACCCCAGCUUUCCUAGAGAAGAUUUGAGUCACCCAGUCCAUGCUGAUAACUGCAAUCUUAACGAGGAUGGCUCAUGCACUAAAGGCUUCCCAGCUUUCACCCAAAGAGAUUACAGUGCCUUGCUGUACUUAAAUGCAGACUUUGAAGGAGGAGAGUUCUUUUUUGCUCAUGCCAACAAAUCAGAACAGGUCUCCUUGAAAUCCAAAUGUGGACGCCUUGUUGCUUUCAAUGCAGGAGAGUUCCAUGGUGUCAAGGCUGUCAAGAGUGGCCAGCGGUGUGCCCUUGCUCUCUGGUUUACUCUCAACUCACGCUACAAGGAGCUGGCUCAUACUCAGGCCCACAGGAUUCUCAGGGUUGUUGAGGAUUCCCAGAAAUCUGAUAUAAAGCACCAGGAGCUUUAAAGUCAGCCAGUAAACACAUCAGUAGAAAAUUUGAUCAGCCAACCAAAGCAGCCCACACAACAGUAGAAAAUUUGAUGUCAGUCAACCAAAGCAGCCCACACAUCAGUAGAAAAUUUAAUCAGUCAACCAAAGCAGCCCACACAUCAGUAGAAAAUUUGAUCAGUCAACCAAAGCAGCCCACACAUCAGUAGAAAAUUUGAUGUCAGUCAACCAGAGCAGCCCACACAUCAGUAGAAAAUUUGAUGCCAGUCAACCAAAGCAGCCCACACAUCAGUAGAAAAUUUGAUCAGUCAACCAAAGCAGCCCACACAACAGUAGAAAAUUUGAUGUCAGUCAACCAAAGCAGCCCACACAUCAGUAGAAAGUGUUCCUAAAAUACUUUGGGCCUAUAGGGCUUUUUUUUAUCUAUCUAUUAUUUAAGAUCUUGUCAUGUCCAGAUUUCUGAGUUGUGCCUCUGCCAGAUUAUUUACAAGUGGUGACUUUUUAAAUAAAACUGUCUUUUAGAUGUGAAGUUUGGCCAGCUAACUGAUGUUCGAGCUAAGGCCAGUGUUAUUGUAGAUGUGAAGUUUGGCCAGCUAACUGAUGUUUGAGUUAAGGCCAGUGUUAUUGUAGAUGUGAAGUCUAGUCUUUUACCUAGCAAAGCUGAAGCUGUUAGACCAGUGUCACAAGGGAGUAAUGUUUAUGGCACAU